GAUCAAAAGCUCCGCCCUUCGAGGGUAUACCGCGGCUCUCUGUAAUGACGUUUGAUCAGAUGGGCGGGGCGCUAGGCAACCCGGGGAGGAGCGGCAAAGCCACUGACACGUACGAAUGUCUCAAUCAUUUAGAGGAUGGUGAUGGAAUGUUGCACAGGAAUACAUUCAUUCAACGCGUUUCCCGUUAGUAUUUGAACCGCUUUCUUAAUGUGCGGUACUCUGUUCAAAAGAUCGCGCUUAAAGGAGGUGUGUUACACACCAGUAGUCGGAGUACAAUGAGGUUUUCCAUGUUGAUCAGUCUGUUGAGGCCGAUCGGGCCGGUUGUUAUCGGGAUCUCUCUGGGAUUUACACUUAGUUUGUUGAGUGUGAGUUGGGUAGAGAAGAGUUGUGAUAUUAAAACCGUUGGAGAGGAUGAAGGGAUGAUUUCAUCCCAGGAUGGAAAUCUGAAAGGAGCCCGGAGACCAAACUCAAUUUACACUGGGAAUGAUGGCGAGGAGGAGGAUUUCCAACCGAAAAUUAUACCAUAUAAGCCAAUGAAACAGACUCAGCCCAAGAAACUUUUCAGGGCAAAAUACAUCAGCACAGAGCUAGGAAUCCGAGAUCGUCUUUUUGUGGGAAUACUCACCUCCAAAAACACUAUCAACACUCUGGGAGUGGCUGUUAACCGCACCAUCAGCCAUCAUCUGGACAAUGUCGUGUUCUUCACUGGUUCGCGGAGCCGCAAGGUACCCCAUGGCAUGUCUGUGGUAACACACAGUGACAAGCGCCUCAUCUGGAACAUGUUCCAGACCAUCAAGUACAUAUUAGAACACUACAUAACGGAGUACGACUGGUUCUACCUCACUCAAGAUGACACAUACACGCAGGCAGAUCGUAUCAAGGCUCUGGUGGAGCACUUGAGUAUGGACCGGGUGCUCUACAUGGGCAGCCCUGAAGAGUUUAUAGGAGGUGACAUGCAGGGGCGGUAUUGCUAUGGGGGUUUUGGAUAUCUGCUGUCUCGCAGUCUUUUAUUAAGGCUUCAGCCCUACCUGGAGAACUGCAGGAACGACAUCCUCAGCGCCAGACAUGACGAGUGGCUCGGGCGAUGCAUCAUUGACUAUGCUGAUGCCAACUGUGUGGAGGAAUUUGAGGGGCAGAAGUAUUAUUAUUAUGAAAUGGGAAAAAAUUCUGACCCCAGUAAAGAAGAUAACGUGCAGUUUGAGAAUGCACUGACCGUCCACCCAGUAUCUGAUCCUGAGCAGAUGUACAGGCUACACAAACACUUUACUGAGAUUGAACUGCAGAAGACAUACGAUGAGAUUGAAAAACUGCAGGCAGAGAUAAAAAAUGUGAGUGCGGUGGCUUUCGAAGGCAACCAUAGUGCCCUGUGGCCAGUUGGUAUCAAUCCACCAUUUGAGCCCAAAACACGUUUCGAGGUCCUACGGUGGGAUUACUUCACAGAGGAUCAUGUGUAUUCCUGCAUCGAUGGCUCACCGAAGUGCGAACUGCGUGGAAUUGAUAAGCUGGACGUAGCUGAUGUCAUUGAGACGGCUAUGAGCGAGCUGAACAAGAAGUAUAAGCCCGUUCUGCACCUGAAGAAGCAGCAGCUGAUUAAUGGGUACAGGCGCUUUGACCCCACGAGAGGGAUGGAGUACACCCUGGAUCUACAGCUGGAGGUGGUUAACCAGAAAGAACACAGUCACUCCAUCAUCAAGAGGGUCCAUCUGGUGAGGCCUCUCAGUCGCAUUGAGAUCAUCCCCAUGCCUUAUGUUACUGAGGCAACCAGAGUCCAAAUCAUCUUACCUGUUACUCUUCAAGACAAAGAGCAUGUUCGCCAAUUUUUGGAAGUGUACACCACGAAUGCGUUUGAGACCAGUGAGAAUGCCAUCUUGACGUUUCUCUUCAUCUACGAUCACAUUGAGGCCCAGCAAGUCAACCAGAAUGACAUCUUUGCCAGUGUUAAAGCACAAAUCAAUGCCUAUGAGCACAGGUACCCUAUGGUCAAAAUCCCUUGGAUCAGCGUUAAAAGCGAAAGUCCUUCUCAAAUAAAAUUUAUGGACAUCAUAUCCAAGAAGCACCCAGUUGACACGUUGUUCUUCAUCGCUACUGUGAAAACAAGCAUCAACUCGGAGUUCCUCAAUCGCUGUCGGAUGAACUCCAUAAACAACUGGCAGGUGUUUUUUCCCAUUCACUUCCAAUACUUCAAUCCUGACAUCGCUUAUCACAACCAGCCCCUUCCCAACACUGUCGAUAUGGUCAAAGAGGCUGGCCUCUUUGAUCGCAGUUCCUUUAACGAGGCAUGUUUUUACAACUCAGACUACAUGGAGGCACGGACGCACAUGUCCUCAGAUGUCCAGGAGAAUGAAGAGAUUCUGGAGAACCUGGACAUCUAUGAAAUGUUUGUGAAGUACUCUAGUCUUCAUGUUUUCCGAGCAGUGGAGCCGGCCUUGCAUCAGAAAUACAGCUACCAGCCUUGUAAUCCUCGCCUAAGUGAAGAUAUAUACCGGAGGUGUGUACAGAGCACCCUGGACAGCCUCGGAUCACGCUCUCAGCUCGCCAUGCUGCUGUUUGAACAAGAGCAGGGCAACAGUACUUAAAACCAAACCCGAAAGAUUGAGAAAUGACUGAGAGGUGAUAAAUCCUUCUCCCUCCAUUGGGCUGAUGUUUUACUAGUAUGUGUCUGUGAAAUCAAAAUGCUGAACAAUCAAAAAUGCUGUUGGUACCAAAAAUGUGACUGAAAACAUCACUUUUGAAUCUAUUUAUUAUUUUUCGUGGCAACAGGGGCUUUAUGAUUUUCCUUGGUGUUUUUUAUCUUUCUCUUAUGAGCAACUUGGUUUCUGUUGGCUUUUAGACCAAACAGCUGUCAGCUGUAAAAACUAUCACUACCGUAACAUAUCCAAAUGACCGUGCCUUCAAAACAAUGCAGCCCUUUCACAAUACUUUUGUGUAGUUCCUGUCAACAUAGAUGAUAAACUUUUGCUCGCGUCAAUUUAAGCAGUCUGUUUAUAAAACAUUCCUUUCCCUGCACAUUUAAUAUAGCCAUUUUUUUUAUAAGUCAGAAGGAGCUAUAGCCUGAUUCUGUGUUUUAGCAGUUUUUUUUUUUUUUGCCUUUACAAAUGCUGCAGUCAUAGGUCAUACACACAUUUCUAACACAAUAGAGCUGUUCAGGUUGUAGUCCAUAAACCCGGAAGAGAAUUCGCCAUGGGUUCCCUCGGUUUUUAUAAUGGGAGUUUUGGAUUUAUGAGUAAAAUAAGGUCUGUGGUAAACUACUUGACAAUACAUGGAUGUUUUGUUCUACAGCAUAUAUUACUCACUUUCAUAACUCAAACGUGAAUUUUGAAGCCGUACUGAAUUGCAUACUUUUAAAAAAAAAACAAAAAAAACAUGGCAGCUUCAAAAUUUAUGUUUGAGGUAUGAAAGUGUGUAAUAUAUGUUGUAGAACAAAAUGUCCACGUAUUGUGAAUUAAUGUUUACCACAGAUCUUAUUUUACUCAUAAGUUGAAAAACCCCAUAGGAAAAUCCAGAGGGAACCCUUGACGAGUUAGACUUCCGGGUUCGCCUACAAACUGACGUCAGGCUGAACAGCUCUACCCGGUGCAUAACUGUUAAAAAUACUCACAAAGUGAUUUUUAAGGUAAUUUUAAGACCAUUUUAAGGUACAAUCAUUGUCUUUGUGCCAAAGAACAAUUAUCAACACACAUUUCCAAAAGUUUCAAACACUAUUUUGUCCAAGACAUUUCAUCCAGGAUAGUCACAUAUGUAAUUAAUGUUUGUACACAAAAAUACUUUCAUGAAUGCCUGUGAAUGUAAAUAUGUGUACCCUGUGUGACUCAAAUGGCCUCAAAGAGAUUGCUCUGAUAAAACAAUAAAAAACUGGAGUCUUGCACUAAUAAUUUCAUUUGAAGCCUGCCUUGUACAUGAGUCGUACAAUAUUCGCAUCAAAGCAUUUCAUUGUUACUGUUCCAGUGGGCAAUUUUUACAUGACAAAAAAAAAAAUAAUCCCCCCUCUCAGAAAGAUUGUAGGUUGAGUUACUCUGUUCUAGUUUGUGCCGGUGCUGAUUAAUCAUCUUCCAGAGUGGGAUGCAAUACUAGUGCAAUACUUUUCGGAUUUAUUGUGUACUCCAUUGAGUCUGCUUAGAGCCUGCUGAGGAAAACACUCCAAAUGAGUUUAGCACAUUUAAAUUCUACACAAUUUAUUCAAAUAUUUUUUCAGGAAAUGUCCAGUUAUUCUUUAAGAUGCACUUAAGAGACCCUCUAUAUGUAUGAUUUAAACAUUUCAUGAAACACAACGUGUCUGCAUGGCAACACAUUGAGCUAUAAGAUUAUUAAGAGAUUUUAUGUUCAUUUGUUUUUCAAAGUGAGUGUACAAAGCAUGUAUGUAUUUUUGUGUGUUUCGUUUUUGUCCUUCUGAACUAUCUCUUGGUACCUGUGUUUUCUCAAUUCAUCUAGUGAUUUGUUAAGAAGAUUAUGUUUUUUUAUUAUUAUUAUUUUUAUUUAAUUCAGCCAAUAAAUUAAAAAAUUUAGUACACUGUCAAACAUUGUUCAAAAACUUGUGUAAUACAAUAUAAUGAUGCUGGGUAUCAAAACAUUUUUGCAUAUAAGAGCUGUGAAAAAGGUUUUUCAACUUGAUGUGUUGUAUCUUUUAUAAAUGACACAUGCACAGAAUGAGCUGAUUAAAGCCGCCACUGGCCUUUAGGGGUCAGCAGAGGAGCGUGAGAUUACAACUGCUCUCAUAUAUGUAUACUUUCACAAGACUGUUUCUAAACCUCACUUUUGUUGAAUAUUUCUUCAUAAAUAUUCUCAACAAAUAUAUUGUAAUUUUUUUUUUUUUUUUUUAUAUUGUUGUACAAAAUGUUUAAUAAAGACUUUUU